UAUUUUGUUCCGUGAUCCAUCUUGCACAAUAGAAACAAGUGCUUGUGACAUCUGGGACGAGCUUCUUCUGGAUAUUGUCUCCUCAAAGCCCACCACAGUUCUGCCAUUAUACCCACGACCCAGCGAAACCUGAAGGCAGACAACAUGGCCAGGACAACCCACAUCCUCAUGACACUGCUGGCUAUAACCACUGCCCAGCAUGUAUCAGCAUCAGCAGGCGUAGGAGCGCAACAACCUGGCCGCCGGGACACUCAUACUAGCACAAUCACCAUCACCUCUGCUCCUCCAACGCCCUCCGUGUCUCCCGACCUCACCGACGACAAGACAUUCACCUCAGCAGUGCUGGAUACGAGCAACCACUAUCGCUCGCAGCACGGCGCGCGGGAUCUGGUCUGGAACAAGACCCUCGAGGACUUCGCGGCGGAUUAUCUCAAGGAGGUCGCCCCUGACCCUGGGCGCAUCAAUAACAACAACAACAUUAACAACAACAACCUCGGAAAUGCGAACAGCAGAUCCAAGAGGCAAGGAGGUGGCAACAACGACGACGACAAUAACCUCCCACAGUGCAAAUUCGAGCACUCUGGCGGGCCCUACGGCGAGAACCUGGCGAUAGGCUGCCACUCGGCAUCCGGCUGCGUCUCGGCGUGGGGCGACGAGCGGAAGCUCGGGUACCCCUACGGCGCGGCCGACGGGUUCAGCAUGCAGACGGGCCACUUCAGCCAGCUGGUCUGGAAGAACACCACGGCCGUCGGGUGCGCGCGUGCAGAGUGUGCCGCGGGGGACGGCUGGGGCACGGGGUGGUAUCUGGUGUGCGAGUACUGGCCGAGGGGCAAUGUCGGGGGUCAAUAUGGCGAGAUGGUGGGACCUUAUGAGGGCAGUGAGCCGCUUGGUGGUGGUUCGGCAAGCUUAAGGGGAAGGUUGAGCGGUGGUGUUGGUAUACAUUGGGUCGUCGUCGUUGCUGUGGUAGCUGUGCUAGGACUUGUGUGAUAGUUGGUUGGUGGAACUUAUACUGAAUGGUACAAGCAUGACUUUUAAGAGACUAGGCAUGCUGUGAAACUCUCAUUGUAUGAAUGGCCGAACAUAUGGUAUAAGAU